CAUUGAAAUUGUCAUCAACCAUUGCCACUACAUUAAAGAAAAACAUAUACUUCACUAAAUAACUUGUACUUUGAUUCAUCAUGUUAUUUUUCACAUCACCUUUAUAUUAUUAUUCUUCAAUUUUUGUUCUCCAUUACCCUUUUCUUUAAUCAUAUCAAUGUCACCUCCUAUUGCAAUGGCUGUGGUUGCUACAGCCAUAUCUAUGUUAUUCAUUUUUGGGAUUUUCCUUUACUUCUACCACAGAUUUUUUCUUGCUAGAUACUACCAAACUAGAAACAAAGGUAGUUCUCUUCAUGAGCCAGAUAUAAAAACAUUUGGUGGUAAUGUGAAAGGAGUAAUUGCUGAUGAAAAUGGUGUUGAUGUUAUUUAUAUGAUGGACAAAGAAAGUAGACAAAUGAUAACUAGUUUUCCAAAUUGUAUGUUUAAUCCUAGUUAUGAAGAUGAUGUAGAAAAAGAAAAGAUUAUAGAUGUUUUGGUUCAUAGGUCAAAAAUAUCUAAGCCUCAUCAUGAGAUUCCAUUUUCAUGUGAAUCUCCACUACAAAAAACCUCAUCAAUGAAUCUUGAGAAGAACAAGAUUCUUAUGAGUUACAAUGAUCAACAACCGCCAUCUCCUCCUCCUUCUCCUCCGGCUCCGGCUCCUCCACCGCCGGCUCCUCCAAAGAAAGUAAUUCCAAAGGCACUACUUCCACCUGGUCCACCUCCACUUCCAAAGGCCAGUGGCUUUUCAUUCAUGAAACCACCACCGGCACCUAAAGGAAAAGCAAACAUGAGAGAGGGUAUGAUAGGAGAGAGUUCAAGAGAGAAAGGUGGUGGACAAACAAGGCUAAAGCCUCUACAUUGGGAUAAGGUUAUGGCUGAUGUUGAUCAUUCAACUGUGUGGGAUCAGAUCAAUGAUGGAUCUUUUAGGUUUGAUGAUGAACUCAUGGAAUCACUCUUUGGAUAUUCAACCAGAUAUAAAACUCAUGAAAGAAACAUGUCUCUUUCCAAUCCGGCCAAGACCAAUUCCAUCACACCAACUCAAAUAUUCAUCCUUGAUCCAAGAAAAUCUCAAAACACUGCAAUUGUACUUAGAUCACUAGCAGUUUCUAGGCGCGAAAUUUUGGACGCGGUACUUGAUGGUCAAGAACUCAGCGUCGAGACACUCGAAAAACUCACUAAAAUAGCUCCCUCACAAGAAGAAGCAUCCAAAAUUGUCCAUUUCACUGGUAACCCGAAUAGCCUCGCAGAACACAAGUAUAUGAAGUUAUCAAUAAUGAUUUUGGGUCCAAGACAACUAGUGAAUGACAUAGAUGUUUAUUUAACGCCACUGAUUGAAGGUUUAAUACUUUUUGGGGAGGAAUGUAUUGAUGUUGAUAAUUUGUAUAGAGGUGAUAAUUUUAAAUUGUGUGUCAUGUUGUUUUGCACAAUCAAUAACUUUCUUGCAUACGGUAAUUUGUCUGGGUACAACGGCAAGGGACAUAAAAUGUGUCCUAUAUGUGAAGUUGAUACAUGUCACCACCAAUUGCAAAAAGGAAAAAAGACAGUUUAUCUUGAGCAUCGUAAAUUUCUAAGACCUAAUCACCCAUAUCGUAGAUUGCGGAAGUCUUUUAAUGGAGAACAGGAGUUUGAUAUUGAUCCAAAGCCCUUAACCAGGAGGGAAGUUUAUAAAAGACAACAACACAUUAAUGUUGUCUUUGGAAAGAAAAAAAAAUAG